GACGUCUGUGUUCACGCGCCGGAAGUGCAUUUGCAGAGAGAGAGACAAAGCGGAGAACGGUGGUGGGCCGGUUGCGGAGUACGCUUUGGAGUGAGAAGCAUCGAGGCUGUAGGACGCAGCUGUUGCCAUGACGGCCCAGGGGGGCCUGGUGGCUAACCGAGGCCGGCGCUUCAAGUGGGCCAUUGAGCUAAGCGGGCCUGGGGGAGGCAGCAGGGGUCGAAGUGACCGGGGCAGUGGCCAGGGAGACUCGCUCUACCCAGUCGGUUACUUGGACAAGCAAGUGCCUGAUACCAGCGUGCAAGAGACAGACCGGAUCCUGGUGGAGAAGCGCUGCUGGGACAUCGCCUUGGGUCCCCUCAAACAGAUUCCCAUGAAUCUCUUCAUCAUGUACAUGGCAGGCAAUACUAUCUCCAUCUUCCCUACUAUGAUGGUGUGUAUGAUGGCCUGGCGACCCAUUCAGGCACUUAUGGCCAUUUCAGCCACUUUCAAGAUGUUAGAAAGUUCAAGCCAGAAGUUUCUUCAGGGUUUGGUCUAUCUCAUUGGGAACCUGAUGGGUUUGGCAUUGGCUGUUUACAAGUGCCAGUCCAUGGGACUGUUACCUACACAUGCAUCGGAUUGGUUAGCCUUCAUUGAGCCCCCUGAGAGAAUGGAGUUCAGUGGUGGAGGACUGCUUUUGUGAACAUGAGAAAGCAGCGCCUGGUCCCUAUGUAUUUGGGUCUUAUUUACACCUUCUUUAAGCCCAGUGGCUCCUCAGCAUACCCUUAAACUAAUCACUUAUGUUAAAAAGAACCAAAAGACUCUUUUCUCCAUGGUGGGGUGACAGGUCCUAGAAGGACAAUGUGCAUAUUACUACAAACACAAAGAAACUAUACCACAACCCAUGACUGAAAAUAAUGUAGAAAACUUUAUUUAUGUUUCCAGUACAGAGCACAACAAAAAAAAAAACAUAACUAUGUAAACAAGAGAAUAAUUGCUGCUAAAUGAAGAACUGUUGCAGCAUCUUCUUUCAAUAAAUUAAAUGGUUGAGAACAAUGCAUAAAAAAAGUUGCACAAGUUCCCUUAUAUUUAUUUUCCUUAAUAUUUCACUUCUAUUUAAUACAAGCUGGGACAUAAAAAUUCUGUUGGGGAUACCUGGGGGAAAAUGUGAGAAACUAAUGCUGGAUUCAGCUUAUACAUGAUGAAAAGAAAAAUAAACCAGACAAAAGCACAUAAA